GGCGUAUACUAAAAUAAGUAGAAACCUUUAUGAUGUGGCAGGCAGUGCUGUAGGAUCGACAACCUUACCAACGGGAUACCUCGGAUGCGGGGUCGCAGUAGUAGCAACAACUACGUUGACUCCACCUAAUGUGACGCCAGUUAUUGUGUUGCUGUGCCUAUUUGAAGUGAAUUGCCUUCCUCGUUCCCUUAUCAUCCCUCAUUCUGCUUUGCUGACAAGGAAGCUUUCACAACAGCAUCUUUCUUCAAGUGCCAGACGACCCCGUCCAUACUUAGUCUCGGAGCCGAACAUACCAGAAGUCAAUCAAAAGCUACUGUACCAGACCCGAAAGUGGGCAACCAUAACGACACGAUGGCGUCAGACGCAAAAAAAACAGUCAAGGCCGAGGACAUCUUCCUGCCUCACAUCCUCGCCAAGUACGACCCCAAGGCUGUCGAGUGCGUCCUCUCGAUGGCCAACUCGGACAUUCCCGCUGUGCAACAGCACCCCUUGUCCGAAGUCCGCGCGAACCCGUCUAGGUUCGCUCCUCCGUGGGCUAAGGACGUCACGGGAUGGGAGCGAGUUACGGAUUAUGAGGUGGCAUCCGAGGAUGGCGCGAAGGUGCCGGUCAAGGUGUAUCAUCCCGAUUCAGCGGUGCAUGGCAUAGGGCCGUACGGGGUGCAUUUGAACUUCCAUGGCGGUGGGUUUGUGUUGGGUGACUUGACGACGGAGUCUUCGCUCUGUUUGAGUUUGCGGGAUGGGGCUGGGGUUGUGGUGGUGGAUGUGAACUAUCGCCAUUGUCCCGAGUCGGCUUGGGGCAAGGGCAUUGAAGACGCUUGGGCCGCGUUACAAUGGGUUCGAAAUUCAGCCAAAGACUUGAACAUAAACCCAGAAUCUGUCUCCAUCGGCGGAAUAUCUGCCGGCGGCCACAUCAGCAUCAUCAUCCAGCACAUGGCCCGCGACGCCGGCAUACCCCUGAGACUAUGCAUGGCUACCGUUCCUCCGUCAGAGAACGACUUCCUGUUCAUGUCCUACUCUGAGUCACCCUUCCAGUCCUUCCACGAUUUCCAUGACGGACCCAUUCUUGGCUGGGGUCGCAUCGAGUGGUUCGGGCAACUGUGCUUCCCGCGCGAUAAGCUGGAGGAGCGGAAGGCUCUGGUUCCCGAGUGGUGGAUUGGUCCGCUCCAUGCCAAGAACUGGAGUGGAUUGUGCGAUACAUUCAUCAGGACGGGGGAGUGUGAUCCACUGAGGGACGAGGGCGAGGCAUAUGGGAUGAAGCUUGUUGCUGGGGGCACUAAGGUCACUUUCAAGAGGUACUUGGGGUGUCCGCAUUUGUUCAUGUUCUAUGAAACUAUGGCACAGAAGAAGGAGUAUGACGAGGAUUCCAUUCAGGCUUUGAGGAAGGCCCACCGGUCUGGCAAGAAGUGAGGCACUUGAGUAGAACAAGCUGACUUGAAGGAGCUGGCAUGUUAUUUUUAUUGUUUUUCACAUAGCAUGGAGCUUUAACUCCCUGAUAGCAGUGACGUUCUCCUCCCUUGUUUUAGAAGAUUCUGGUUGUAUUCAUUACUUCUCAAAGGAUCGCUCUCUGUACGCUAUAGGAGCCAAGUUUUCUGAGACAUCACUCUAGUAGGGAGUAGACAGCGUACGGAGUAGGCAGCUGCAGAACUUCUGUAAGAUUUGAAUGGGAC